GCCUAUACAGGGAUUUUCCUCUGGAUUAUUUUCUGUUUCGCUUCUGUUGACGUCAGGAAGGUGUUAGAGAAACCUUGUACCAUAGUACCGUCUGGAGAAAAAUGUCGAGCGAUUCUGUAUAGAGUAGAUUGUACGGCUCAGUUCCUUCAGAGUGAGUAUCCGGGUCUUUAUUACCAUGGAAAUACUUCAAUGGCGGCUCCCGACCUCUCAAUUUCAACUGUCAUUCAACCGAAUACAACCUCUACGGAAAGGAUCAAGGGAUUUGAGGCGUGGAUCGAAUCUAUUGAAGGAAAGCGCUGCAUUGUGUUGACUCUCUCUAAUAAUGGAACGUUAUCGACUAACGAUUCAAUGAGAGAAUUUGAAGUCUCGCUGAAACUAAGAAUGUCCGCCAACAUCACCGUUUGGCAGCUUCCAAGAUCAACAUCUUCUUCUCCAACCAGAGGCUUGAUCCGCGCCGGAAUAAACCAAGGCAUCCCACCCGAAAACUCCUCCUUGUGGAAUACUGAGAUCAUAUUCCGAAACAAUUCACUUGACCGAAUUGUCGAGGUUCAGUUUCAGUCAGCUCCAGAGAGUUAUGGAAUUAAGUAUUACAACAUUAAACUCCGGCGAGUGACACCACUGAACACCAUGGGUGCCAGUUAUCGCACCACCACCCACUCCUGGAUGGAAUACGUCCGUUUCCCAUGGGUGUACGCCAAAUUUGAAGAUGUGAAACCGGGAACCUACGAUAUAAUGGUGGAGCCUUAUGAUGACCUCAAGGCAGGCGGAAGUAACUUGUGUCGCUGCAAGAAGUCCUCCAAGUGUUACCCGUGUAGGGAUACAUUGAGCCCGAAGUUUAUCAUUACAGAAACUCCAUCGUAUAAUACUGAGACUGAUAUGAAAACGUUUGUUACGGUGCCCACGUUGACAUUUGUGUCCUUCAGACCGUCCUCUAUUUUGGAUCCCAGUUUGCCCGAGGUGUCCGAGAAUAACAUCCAGCUGGGGAGGAAUUUUGAGGAGGUUAUUGAGGAGCCUGGGGGCGGAUCCCAGCCCAGUGGGAAGGAGUGGGCGAUCCCCGCCAGUGUCUUGUCUGUCCUAGGGAUCACUCUUGGGGCUUUAGCGUCUAUCUUUGCCGUGGUCAAGUUCAAAAGAAGAGGUCCAUUUGUUGAUUCAAAAUCAAGCUCUGCCAAUCCUGCAGGUAUUGAAACAUCUGUGUUGAUCGUCCAUGACGUUAAGCACUCAGAUGAUGCCAAAGGUCUGAUGAGUUUGAUAAUUAAUGAUCUUCAUGUCGUCGCCAAUACCUUGUUGUUCCCAAACAAAAGCGGUUUGAUAAAUAAUUCGGACUCCUCCAUAAUUGUUCUCUGGAUGAAUCAGCAUUCUUUUACAAAGUUUGAGAGCAGAUUUCUUAAAGACAAAAAUAUACCUUCUUUAAGGCAGAACCAUCUUCAGAGUCGCUUUGUUGUAGUUGAAUCGAUGAAUACUGCGUAUCCUAUUUUGCCGCGGAUUCAGUACUGGACAAAAUUUGUCUUAGACACAGAGCUAGACUUAUUUCUCGACUUUCUACGUAAUAACGUAAACCAAGAGCCGCGGAAAAGAUGGAGAACUGAUCAUCGGGUUAUUACUGAAAUAGCAGAGACACCUAAAACGUUCCCGAUACCGUACAAUCGAAUGGACUCGAGCAUCCAUAGUGAAUAUGAAAAUGAGACAGAUUUUCCUUUCUUGGAAGACAAAACCCAAGAGGAAUGUUCAAGUAUUGCAGCUGUUACCAUUGGAGAAUACCACAUGGGUGUACCUUUUGGAUAUUCAAAUAAGACCACUGCCUCGUUUCCACAGUUCAUUCUUUCAAAUUCAGCAAACUCUAAAUAUUCGAAUGUAUUAAAAAGAUGCGGAAAAAAUCAAGAGAUUUCACGAUUGAACACAAGAGAGAACUUUAUUCCUCCGGAGAAUAUUUCAUACUAUGAUGCGGACGGAAGUCUUUUUUCUGAGGCAAUAAUGAUCUUCAACGAAAGAAACAUGAGGCAAACAGGAGUCUCUGAAGAUCCCCUGAUUGAGGAGAACUUGGGUACGCUUUGUAACUCAAUGACUCAUCGAAGUGGAACACCCGUCUGUUUUCAAAACAUGAUCGGACAGGACGACGAUGAAGAGGAACCUAAAGACGAGGAUAAAAAUAUGGAAGAAGACAGGGAUGAGGAAGAAAAUAGAAGCGUUGAAGAAGACAGAAGCGCUGUAGAAGACGCUAUCAGUGUCGGAGGCUUGAGCUGUUGACUUUCAGAAUUCAAACCUUACCUCAAAGUUUGAUCCUUUCUCAUGAUUAACGGGAUUUUACCUCAAAACAUGUUUUCUAUCAUGAGUAUCACUCAGUUUACAGUGACAUGUGCUAGUUUCCUAACACCCAACAUAUGAGAGCUUAUCUCUACAACUGGUUCUUCGCCAACCAACGUAUGCAGAAAAAUACGUCAAUAACUGGGUCCCAGCAUGUACACACCAUCAAAAAAGGAGCUUACCGCAAUAAAACUGUCUCUACCAUUAAAUAUACACUUUUUGGUGAAAAUGUACUUUUCAACACGUUAAGGUCGACCCAAAUGCAAAACGUUUGAUGAACUUCUGAUUUUGAUUUCCUAGUAUAUACGAUCAAACAUACGUAGUCAUACUAGUUCUAUUAUACUACAGCUCAGGAGGCUGAAUAUCUGCCAAGUGAUGCAGGGGUCUACGAUUCGUUUCCAGGUCCAGACAUGAUACUAUUUUUAUUUCCUUUUCUAUGGCAGAUUUAACACUUAUUCGUUGGACUUAAUUAAUCAUCAGGGGAGUUGGGUUCAAACAAGCUUUUACUGAGUUCUACAAACGUAAUUUCGCCUUAUGCUAGGUCGGAGAUUGUUUUUUGAAUAUUUGUAAACUCAUGGAUAAGAGCCGACACAAUUCAAAAGCAUCAACACCACAAAAGCAAUGAUAAAUUGAUGGAAAGUUUUAACCUACGAAAUCCAGGAACCUCUUCACUACACAAACGUAGGUCAAAGCACGGUACAUUUGAAUAACGUGUUUUAAAAGCCAAAUAUAACUUUUUUUAUUUUGUAUUACGUAAUGUUACAGAUCUAUACUUAAUUUUGUAUGUAAAGAAAGGAUAAAUACUUCCAGAUUACGCACUUAUUCCAUAAUCUUUGUUUAAGUAAAAAUUUAUGGGAAGAUUAUUCAACCUAGGCAACUGAUCCCACAUCUAAUGCUAUUUGUGAGAUUGUAAGUGAUUGUAAAUGAUCCCAGUUCUUUAUUUUCACAAUUAACAUUUGAUUGUUUUUGGCGAGAAACCAAGCAACAAUAACAUAAGGAUGAGGUUUCUUUCAUGUUUUGCCGUAAGAUGUACAUUGAAAUAGCAAUACCAUAAAUGGAAAAAUCUUAGCGUUUCAACAAGUGGAAUAAGCUGUAUAAGAAAAGUUUAAUAAGAUGUACUUUUAGGGCAAUAUGAUGAUCUCAGGGGUAGAAUACAGACCAUGCCGGAUCUUCAGGACUCAUUUUUCUGCCCUUGUAAUCAAAGAUUCUGGGGUGUAUAGUUUUUGCCCUGUCCGUCAAUCUGUCUGUCUGUUUGUCCGGUAAACUUUAACCUUGUUUAUAACGUUUUGAGUUGGAGAGAUUAAGGCUUUCAUAUUUCAAAAGCGUAUUGCCUGCGACAAGGCCUUUUGGAUACCAUCAAAUUUGACGUUUAAACCUUGACCUUGAAGUUUUACCCAUUCUUACGAAAAAUAAUCACUCUUUAAACUUCAUAAUCAUAAUUUUUGAAUAUUUGGUGCUAGCUAGGACUUUCAUGUGUCUUCAUUGUGUGUACUGUUCAAUGCCCAGAGAGAGAUUGAGAAAUUGUAAAUGCGUAUGUCUUUAUUCAACUUCAUGCAUAGGAACAAUCGCUCAUAGGUUUCAUCAUAUGUCAUAGUUCUCAUACAAUCCAUAAUACAUCAUCACAUGACUGACAUCAUACGAUUCAUCAUACGUUCAUCAUACGAUUUACUGUAAAGUAAAUAAACAAAAUUGUACACAAAAAAUUCUUGUAACACAAUGCAAUACCAAUAAACAGAGGCAAUUAGGACCAGAAAAUUGGCAGUGCCAAGGCAAUUCAGACUAGAAAUAUAUGCCAGGAUAUAUGCUAUCAAUAUCACAAACUUAAAAAAUAAUACUUUAAAGUUAACAUUCUAUAUAUUACUGAGUAUGCAUAAAAUAUCUAACUUUCGAAACUGGUGUUCACAAACGGAUAUGAGAGUUAUCGCCCUUGCAAUACACAGUUUAAGCCUAAUGCAUUUAACACCUAUCCUAAACAACAGAUAUGCAGACCUAUCAAUGAAUCUUAUAAAUAGUUUAAGAAUAUUGUGUUCAAUAUAAUAAAUAUAUCAUGUAGCUUUACAUAAGAAGUAAUGAUUAUCCAAUAUGCUCGACUAUGUAGACCAUUAUCAAAGUAUAAAAAAUACUGAUUCAUAAAUAAAAUACAAGAAAUGCAUACAAAUACAUAUGGGUGUGCUGGUGUUUGAAUAAUUGGCUUACCGAAUAAGUAGUUUUUUCCUAAUUCCAGAGAUGCAUUGAACAAAAGUACAGACCAGAGAACGAUACCUUCCAGCGAAUGUCACUGCUCGUGCAGUACUCAAGAAAAUAAUGUGUACUCAAAAUCCAUGACGUAAUACACUGACAAAAUGGUGCUAAAAUUUGAACAUGAGCAAAAUGGCUAUAACAUUGUGAUAAGAUCUUUUAGUGAGUAUAAACAUUUUUGACCUUUAUUUUAGUGUUGACCAAUGUCUUUUUAAUGUUCAAUCUUGGCCAUAACUUUUAAACAGUUAGAACUAGAGCUUCCACAUUUCACAGGUAUAAUAUAUUCUUGUGACAAGACCAUUCUUUUAGUACUAAAAAUUUUGACCUUAACCUUUGCAGUUUGACAUGCAUUUGAGAAAAUUCAAUCCUUGCAAUAAGCUGCAUACGGUGGCAUCGGUGUUUCAAACCACGUAUUGUUUUCUUAAUUUGUUUUCAGGCCAGUUGUUUUUCAUGGAUGAAAGCUAUUUGCAGUUUUCACACAUUUUUUUAAAACAUUUUUAUGAUUUAUGGUUCUUAAUCAUCAUUAUUAUUUUUUUUCUAACACUUGUAUAUAUUUCUUUUGUCAAAUUUAAAACAAGUUUUGGUACUUUGUAAUUCUUUUAAGUACAUUUUCUUGUCUUUUUGAUGAAAUUUAGAAUUUUGUUAUUUUC